GAGCGCGCGCUGUGUCGCCUCAUCGUAGUCGUCGCCUAGUGAGCGGCGAGGCGACUGUCCGCCCUGUCCCGCCCCUGCUCCAGUGCUCCGGGACCCGACGCUUGUUUUUUUUUUUUUCCGCCCGCGAGAACACGUUCUCGGGUGUACUGCUUCGUGUCCCCUCCUCCCGGCGGGUGUCGUCCAGUGGUGACCCGGGAGGGACCCGACACGGGUGAUGUCGGAGGGGCAGCAAGAAGCCUCCGGGUGGGGCUGGGACAGUGUGUGGCUCCUGCUCCUGAACGCGGGGCUUGUGGCGGCGCUAGUGUAUGGGGCCUGGCGGGUGUACGUGCGCUGGAGAGGGAGCGCGACCCGAGAAGCCAACACGUUACCCCGCAUGAAGAGACGAGACUUCACCCUGCAGCAGCUACGGGACUACGACGGGACCAAAAACCCGCGCAUCCUGCUGGCUGUCAACGGGAAGGUGUUCGACGUGACAGAGGGCAGCAAGUUCUACGGGCCUGAUGGACCGUAUGGGAUAUUUGCCGGUCGAGAUGCCUCCAGGGGACUUGCAACUUUUUGUCUUGAUAAAGAGGCACUACGAGAUGAAUAUGACGACUUGUCAGACCUCAAUGCUGUACAAAUGGAAAGCGUUCGAGAGUGGGAGAUGCAGUUCAAAGAAAAGUAUGAAUAUGUUGGGCGUUUAUUGAAACCUGGAGAAGAGCCGUCUGAGUAUACAGAUGAAGAAGACGCCCGAGACCACUCAAAGCAGGAAUGAACAUUUUCACAACCAAAGUCAGGGUCCUUUCAAAAACUGCGACCUGUAACUUCCCCCCAAAAAAAAGCCAAACAUGGAUGUCUCGGGCGGUUAAUGUGCUCAACACUAGUGUCCAGAUUUUGUAUAAAGUUUACCCUGUAAAGAAGUUUUUAAUACGCAUUCUCUGAUCCUUACUGCCAACAAUUUCCUCAACCCUCCUGGCCGCAAAGCAGUUGCUGGUUCUGUAGAAGGAACUAUGGUCCAGGAAUAGUUUGUGAGAGACCUAUGUAUAGCUCUACACGUUUUGCCAGUAAUUUCAGACUUGUAUUUGAAAUCUGUCAACACUAGUUCAUAACUCCCUGUAAAUCUGGCUAGGCAUUACCAUGCCCUAGUGCUAGCGGGUACAAUUAGCUCCAGCCUGGGAAGAAACCUACACUUUGUAGUAUCCUCGUUUCUGUGUGAUAGGUAGACAUGCUGACCUCCCUUAUUCUUCAGGCCCUCCACCUUUCUUCUUCUGGACAUUUGUCAGUCUGCACUACUUUAAACCAAUGUUUCAAUGUUAAGUCCACAGUAAUUUUCUAUGUACUUUUUCACUAGUUGUGACAGGUAUUGGCAUCCCCAUUUAUUUUAUUUUUUUUUCUUGGAAAACUUCAGGUUACAAUGAUUAAGCGGGUUUUCUUUUUAUGUCUUCUUUCCACUGUCUAAAGGUCUGCCACCUUUAGGUGUUGGCCUGGGGUUUGUAAAUCCAUUUGUAUUAAGGCAACAGUUUCAGCAAGUAGUAGGAUCGGGUUCGUCCGCCCUUAUGAUGAAAUCAAUAUGAACAGCUUUGCUGCUGCAGAGGCCUCUGGUCCAUUGGUAGAUUGAGUGCAGCCUUCUCCAGCAGCUCAGCUGUUCUCCACGUGCCUUACUUCUCAUAAAGACUUGAAUCGCUUUAAGGGAAUAGAGAAAAACCCAACAUGUAUUAGUCCAGAGUCACUGCAAGCAGCUUUGAUACUGAAGUUGAUGUUUUGUAUUGACUGGAAAACUUUGAUGUCAUUCUGUGUACAUAGAAUGGAGAGUCUUCAGUAUUACUGCCAUAUAAUAUGAUGUUCUAGAUAAAGAUAGCAUUCUAUGGUCAAAUGCAGCCCCCCUUCCCAGCACUGCUUUAUUUUGCUCAGAAAUACGGUAAAUAAGAAAAAAUCAGUUUAAGUGGAGUAGCCUGUGUGCUUGGGAGAGUGUGUGGGUAUUUUGAGAGAUGCGAGUCGUGUUUUCUGCAGAGGCUGUAAAUAUGGGUACCAUUUUAAUAAAGCAUGUACAAUAAA